AUGGAUUCAUCUAGCAGAUAUACCUUUGAGGAUUUGUUUAGGUUUGAUUUAGGGAUCAGGAUUCAGGAUCCUAAAGAAGAUAUUUUUGAAGCAAAUCAGUCGGUUGAUAGUUUUUAUCAAGAACCCAAGGAUACUCAAACUCUGGACAACAGUUUUGCUAGAUACAAGGAUAACUCAACCGCUUACACAAGAGAAUUGGGAGCAGUGGCUAAAGGAAGCCAACCUUCAGGUGCCUCCACAUCACUUAACAUACCUGAUAAAGAUGACAUCAAAAAAGAUUUCGAAAAUUUUAACUUGGUUGAAAACAACCAUGGAAACAUGUUUUGUGGAUUCUGUCGCAAGAAUAAUGAGCCAGACUACGUUUUCUACUCACAUUACAUGAAGGGAAAGGAUGAUAGCGUCUUAUGUCCAAUCUUGCAGAAAUACGUUUGCGCAAUAUGUGGCGCAACUGGCAAGGUGGCGCAUACUCGCAGGUAUUGCCCUUUCAACCAAAAUCAAGGAAAACGAGGAAGAACAACACGAAAAUUAGCAAGUGGUCGCGAAGUUAGUUUUUUUAACCAUAAGUAGAUUGUAGAACAGUUUUUAUGGUACGUAUUCUGAGAGCUGUAUUGGUACUCAUGGAACUUAUGGUACCAUAAAUAGAAUGUAGAAUAGAUUUUAUUCUACUUAUGCUAAGAUUGGUACUCAUGGAAACUAUGGAAACAUAAGUAGAUUGUAGAAUAGUUUUUAUUGUGCGUAUUCUGAGAGCAAUAUUGGUCUAAGCAUUAUUAUUAUUAUUAUUAUAAUAUGAAGAUUGAGAUAAGUACCAAAAUUUUUACAGUUAGUUGAUAUUUUUUUAUUUUUACAACAAAAGGUUGAAUUAAACCGUUGAAUAAACGUUUAAUUAUAGGUAUCACCGUUUUCAAAUUUCUUUGCGGAUAGAAUGUACUUAUCUCUUCUUUUUUACUCUAAAAUACAUCGUGCAUAUUUAAAAAUUUUAAUGUAUCUGCAUAAAUAAAGCCAUCUAAGCGAUUAAUUUUUCAAAGAACGCUUAAUUUAUGUGCUUCUAAUAUUAGAUACCGCAAUAUUCAGGUCAAUAAUACAGGUAAAUCAGAAUAAAGUAACAAGUAAAAUCAAUCCUGGAUUAUACUAGAAUUAACCUCU